AUGGCUCUAGCAACUAAGGCAGAAUUGAUAACACUACUGAAGUGUUACAGUGACGUCUUUGCUUGGACAUACGACGAGAUACCUGGUCUUGACCCAUCCCUUGUUACUCAUCAUCUGGACAAUUUUUCCAACUCUAUGCCAAUCAAACAGCAUACUCGAAAGUAUCACCCUGAUCUUGAAGCAAAGAUUAAGGCAGAGGCAUUUGAUAUGGUGAAGAAAGCACUUAUCUCUCCACUUACAAUGAUUGCCUCACAACCCGAAAAGCCUCUACUACUGUACCUGACCUCUAUACCUCGGUCUAUUGGAGCUCUACUUGUCCAAGACAUGGAUGGCAUUAAGAAGCCAGUCUAUUACAUCAGUCGUAAAGUCAAUGGUGUUGAGUCACGAUAUACCCUAAUUGAGAGGCAUUGUUUAGCCUUAAUCUUCAUAGCGCAGAAGUUGCGCCACUAUUUUUUGGCACACCCAAUCCAGGUUAUGACUUGGAGUGAUCCGGUUCAUUACUUGCUAAGCAAGCCCACUCUGACUGGAAAAAUGGAAAUAUGGCUUUUGGUUCUAGUAGAAUAUGAAAUCGCUUCUGUUACUCCUAAGGCUAUUAAGAGCCAAACACUUGUAGACUUACUGGCCCAAUUCCCAUAUGGUGAACAUGAAUCUGCAAAGGUACCUCCACCAGGUGAGGUCCAUGUCUCAGCAGAUGCAGUUGAGACUUAUUGGGACUUAAAAUUUGAUGGAGCUUCUGGAGUUGGGAAAGGUGGAGUUGGCAUAACACUAACGUGUCAAGAAGGAAAAAAGUUUCAUCUAUCAUACAAGCUUGACUUUGAAUGUUCAAACAAUGAGGCUGAAUAUGAGGCAUUGAUACUGGGUCUAAUUGCUACACAAAAGAAGGGCCUCCGCAAGUUGAAAAUUUGGGGCGACUCCUAG